CUACCACCGUGUCGUGUUCGGCCGCUAUCGUGCUCUGUGGACAAUUCCGUGGUUUAAAGUAAUGCGUAACUGAGUUCCGAUAGUUUAAUUAUGAAGUUUGCUUAUCAGUUCAACAAUUUGCUUGGAUCGGUGUACCGAAAGGGAUCACUAAUCUUUUCCCCCGAUGGCUACUCAGUUAUUAGUCCGGUUGGAAACCGGAUUACAAUUUUCGAUCUUAAAAACAAUAAGUCGCACACACUUUCACUGGAAAGUCAAUACAACUACAGUGCGCUGGACUUGUCCCCGAAUGGAGGCAUUCUGGUUGCGGUCAAUGAAGUUGGUGAUGCCCAGAUGAUUAGUAUGAUCUCCUACACGGUGGUGUACCGCUAUAAGUUCCGAUCCGAAGUGAAGGCAUUGCGGUUCAGCCCGGAUGGGAAGUAUUUUGCAGCAUGCGUGAAUAAUGCAGUGAUUGUGUUCCGUGCGCCGAGCGAACUGAACGGUGCGUACAGUUCGUUCGAGGUUCAACGGGCCUUCGAAAUAGCCUACGACGAAACAACCUUCAUCGAUUGGGCAUGCAACUCCACUGUUAUAGCAGUUGGAUCCAAGGAUCAUUCUGUACGGGUGCAAGGUGUAGUGUACUUGAACAACUUUAGGCCAUUCAUUCUGGGAGGACACCGUGAUAGCAUUGUGGGUUGUUUCUUUGAGGAGAAAACUUUGGAUGUCAACACCGUAAGCAAAGAUGGGCUUCUUAUGUUGUGGGAAUGCAGUGUGGAGGUGAAGGAUGUUUACCAGGGGGAUAAAGAUGCGGCGCAGGAGCAACCGGUUAGGAAAAGAAACCGAGCAGAAGAUGAGGAGGAAGAAGAAGAUGACGUAGAGGAAAAUAAUGAUUAUGAAAAGUCGGACAAAGCUGCAGGCAGUAUCUUCGAACACGUUCAAGGAGACUUCAAUAAGGAUGAGCAGCGCGAUGCUCUUGGCAGAGUGACUAAUAACCAACCCAAGAAAGGUUUCACAUAUAAACGUCUAGCUCGUCAUUAUUUGGCAGAUGAGGCCCGUAAAGAAAACCCCAAAGCGAUUGUUACUGCUGCAGCAUAUCACAAGCAGCUGAAGAUUUUAAUAACUGCCUAUUCAACAGGUGUGUUUUACCUGCAUGAACUUCCGGAUGUGACUAUAAUCCACUCGUUAAGUAUAUCUGAUCAUCGUAUCGAAUCGGUUACGUUUAACAACACUGGCGAUUGGCUAGCGUUGGGAGUUUCUGACCUGGGGCAGCUGCUGGUUUGGGAAUGGCAAAGUGAGCAGUACGUGAUGAAACAACAGGGUCAUUCGACGGGCUUAAAUUGCGUGACUUAUUCACCCGAUGGACAGCUCCUGGCUACGGGUGGUUUGGAUGGCAAGGUCAAGCUGUGGAACAUCAGUAACGGAUUUUGCUUCGUAACUUUUAGCGAGCAUUCCAGCUCAGUGACGGCGGUCGAAUUCAGCGGUAAUAAGAAGUUUUUCGUUAGUGCUUCUCUCGAUGGAACGGUUAGAGCGUACGACAUUGUAAGGUACAGAAAUUUCCGCACAUUUACCUCACCGGAACCGGUUCAAUUUGCAUCGGUUGCUGUUGAUCAGUCUGGAGAGUUAGUGGCGGCCGGAGGUCAGGAUGUGUUUGAAAUUUAUCUCUGGUCGAUGAAACUCGGCCGGCUGUUGGAAGUUCUCAGUGGGCACGAGGGACCGGUGGUAACGCUGGCAUUCUCUCCGAUUGCUACCUCCUCGACUAUGGUUUCUGGAUCGUGGGACAAACAUGUUCGCGUUUGGGACUGUUUAGAAACCUCUGGAGCGCAUGAAGCUAUCGACCUUGCUUCGGAUGUCGUAUGUGUUGCGUUCAAACCUAACGGCGAAGAAGUGGCCGUUGCAACUUUGAAUGGUAACAUUUCGGUUUUCAAUGUUAAAAGCGCUCAACAAGUGGCUUCGAUUGAGGGAAGAAACGACAUGGAAGGAAGCGUAUCGAGUGGGGAUUUGAAUACGGCUAAGAAAAACCUCCAGGGAAGAGCUUUUACCUCCAUUUGCUACUCAGCUGAUGGCGAGUGUUUACUCGCCGGUGGAAAGUCUAAAUACGUUUGCAUUUAUAAUGUAUACGAAGCUAUUCUGCUUAAGAAAUUCCAAAUCACUCAAAACCGAAGUUUUGAUGGAAUGGAGGAGUACAUCAAUCGUAGAAACAUAACCGAAUUUGGUAAUAUGGCACUGGUGGAGGAGCGUGAACAUCUCGAAGGUGGUAACGUUUCGAUUAAGCUGCCAGGAGUGGCACGUGGAGACCUGGCGGCUCGAAGCCAGAAACCAGAAGUUAACGUGUUUGCUGUACGGUUCUCACCUAGCGGACAAUCGUGGGCAGCUGCAUCCACCGAAGGUCUUCUGAUGUACUCGCUUAACAAAGGGAUCGUCUUCGAUCCAUAUCAACUGUCGGUGGAAAUCACCCCGAAAGCCAUCCGAGAACUGGUUAAAAAGUCGGACUACUCCGCUGCACUGAUUAUGUCACUGAAACUCAACGAGAACAACCUAAUCCAUGAGGUUAUAGAGAAGAUACCGUACAUUGACAUCGAGCUCGUCAUUCAAUCCCUGCCAAACGAAUUCGCCCAUCGCUGUUUGAAGUUCGUAGCUACAAUCAUUUCAACCAGCCAGCACAUCGAGUUCUAUCUAAAAUGGUCGAACUUACUGGUAACCCAACUUGGACAGCAGGAGAAUGUGCUGACUCAACAGACACUGGUUACGCUUCAUCAGAAUUUGAACCGAAAAUAUGAAGCUUUGAAUAAGAUAUGUGAUUUCAACAAGUACACAAUUCAGGUACUGAAAGGUAUUAGUAUCAGCAACGAACAAUCGGAGAUUGCCAAAAAAGAAAAUGGUGACAAUGAAGACCUAAGCGAUAGUGAACUGAUGCUGAUCGAUAAUACGGGCACCACUGAGGGUAAGUACGGCAGUACCAGCGAUGAAAGUGACGAAGAAUAAACUGAC